AUGUCCGCAAAGCCGCCCGCCUCCUCCGUCCCCACCAAAACCGCCUCCACCGGCACCCGUGGCUACCUUUUCCUCUACAACGCCGUCUCCUUCACCCUCUGGAGCAUCAUCACCCUCCGCCUCUUCCUCCUCUUAUGCCUGCUCGUCCCCACCGGUCACCUCAGCGCGAUCUACAAUGCCCUUUUCCCCCUCCUCAAACUCACGCAGUCCCUAGCGAUGCUGGAGGUUCUGCACUCGCUCACGGGCAUUGUACGGGCGCCGGUGAUGACAACGCUGAUGCAGGUUGCGAGUCGGGUGGUGGUGGUCUGGGGGGUGAUGUGGAUGUUUGCGGAGGCGAGGGUUGGGAGGGAACUAGGGAUUCUGGGCGGGAAGAGCGCUGAUGGUGGGCGGCUGGGGGAUUGGGGGUUUGUGGGGGUUUAG